AUGGCCACAGGGAGACUCCUACUCUGCGCUCUGCUGCUCCUGUCGCUGCAGCGGGGUCUCAGCAGGGGCCCCGGUGCUUGGGGGGCUCCGGUGGUGGAGGAAGAGCUCCGAGGGACCCAGAGGCCGCAGCUGGGUGCCCGACUGCGCCGAGCCCUGGCCAGCCCGUGCCAGCUGUGGAGCCUGCCCCUACCUGUGGCCGAGCUGGGUCUGGGCUACGCUUCGGAGGAGACGGUCAUCUUCCGCUACUGUGCGGGCAGCUGUCCCCGCGGUGCGCGCACCCAGCACGGCCUGACGCUGGCCCGGCUGCGGGGCCAGGGCCGAGCCCACGGCGGGCCCUGCUGCCGGCCCACCCGCUACGCCGACGUGGCCUUUCUCGAUGACCGCCACCGCUGGCAGCGGCUGCCCCAGCUCUCGGCGGCUGCCUGCAGCUGCGGCGCCUAA